ACCUUAAAAUACAAUCGUAGAUUAGAUUGUGAUUGUGAUUCUAGGCUACAAUGAUUUUUUUACAAUUGCUCAAUGAGGGUAUUCAUUAUUGCUUAAGGAUUCUUCGCAUCCUAAAUUAAGCUGCACCGUUUACAAAUUUUUGGUUCUGCGGUACAAUUUUGUCAUUGAAAAUCACGUUACUGAGGUUACGAGGUUGAUGAAAUUUUACCCCUUGUUAAUGUAUGUACAUAUUCUUCGUAAACUAUUUUACGAUACUAAGGCUACGAAGAAAUAAUGAGUACCCUGAAUAUUUUUUGAGAAGUUUAACGGAAUAUAUUUAAGAAUGAUUUCGACAUGUGAAAACUUGAGCGUUUAAAUAGUAAAACGUUAUUUUUGACAUGUAUGGAUUGUCGAUUUCGUACGUUGAUCGAAAGUUAGUGUGGCAUCUGGAUGAUGACGCCUUGCAUGAUUGAAAUGCUACACUCUAAGAAAUCAGGUGAUAAGAAUGACUCUAGUGAUGGGGGUUUGUUUGGGUUGGUGGUGAUGUACUUCCGUCUGGUGAUUGAGUAUCACCGAGCUCGUGGUGGGUUAUUUCCAUGCAGUGACCAAGCUGUCCGUGAGCGUGGUGUGCAUGUGAUUACCAUUCUGGUAAAGUGAAAUAUGUAGUCACCAGCCGGUGAUAAAAUUUCUUACAGUAUUUACGUAUAUUUAUGCACGGAGCGAUCCAAAACCGACCGAAUUUUUGUAUGCUUCGUGUAAACGGAAAAGAUCGAGAGCGGAUAUAAAUAGCUUUUAGUGCUAACUUUUCUUCUCCCGUGUUGAGGGGGCCGUUCAAAUGGAACGUCAUGAAUUUAGUUCAUUUGGGUCCUUUAAAUAUGGUGGCAAUUAAAUACAUGCAUGUGUCCUAAGUGACUGAAGAGUUACAUAUCUGCUGACGACAUAAAUAAUGAAGUUACUCAUGAACGGUCCCCUGCACACAGAUUGCAUGAUGCAAUUCUUUCACUUAUGUAUCUGCUACUGUUUCACAGCAAAGAUCAGUUUCGUCAGUGAUUUCGUGUUCCAAGUUACGAGUUUAACAAAAUUAAAUAAGAUGUAAUUGUGCAGUUGGGCGUGGCGGAGGGGAGGCAGUGGCGGGGCCAGUAGUGGGCACAAGUGGGCCCGUGCCCACGCGAAAUUUUGUGCCCCUUUACACUAGAUAUUAUUGAACUUUUCUGAAAGCCUAAUAAAAUUAUAAUAAUCGAGAUUGAAAAAAUGAGCUAUCGUAUGACCGUGUACGAUUUUUUUGACGCCCACAGGAAUUUUUCACCCAGGACAGUUUGGAGGUCUAAAAUCGUGACCGUGGCGAAAUUCAAACAAUUGAAAUAUACAAAGGUUGUUGUGAUGCUGAAAUUUGAAACUUGCUGCUUAUGUGCAUAUGUAAAUCGUACCCAUCGUCCGUUAAAUUGUUUGAUUAAUCAGAUACGGCAAUGGUCAAGAAAUUGGGGAUUUUUACCGAUAAUUCGUGGGCGACUGAUCCUGAGUCUAACUAACAGGCCUAGGGAUACAUUGGAGGAAAACAGAUAUGAUCAUGCAACGACGGAAAUUUCACGUCUGGAAACAUUCGAAGCAGAAUUUGAAGGUGUCUAACAAGUUCGCAGUUAAUACCAUGCUCUUCCACAAGUGACACAAAAGAUAGACAAUUUAACAAACUAGUUAUAUACUCUAAACAACUAUAGCUACUAACCAACAACGAGUCAUUUAUAGUAAAA